AUGGCCAAAGGAACAGUAGCCAUCGAAGAAGCCGUUGUCAAUCCCGAAGACCUGGAAUGGCUCUCACAGACCGCCAACAUUUACGCACCCAACCAAACAGGGCAAACUCAGCAUCACGCUCUCACCAGGAAGCUGGCCGAUAUUCACGAUGAACGUCUGAAGGCAAUGGAUGCCAAUGGCGUCGACUAUAUGCUGCUUUCACUCACGUCUCCCGGUUGCCAGGGAGAGCUAGACCCCGUGAAAGCAGCUAAUCUUGCUGUGAGGUCGAACGACUGGUUGGCAAAACAAGUCGCAGAAAACCCCAAGCGAUUUGGAGCAUUGGCCGCGCUUUCUAUGCAUGACGCUGCUGAAGCAGCGGCCGAACUCAAGCGAGCAGUCAAAGAAUUGGGAAUGUUUGGUGCAUUGAUCAACGACUUCCAGAGCGCAGGGCCUGAUUCCAGUGUGAAGAAGUAUUAUGAUACUCCAGAGUAUCUUCCCUUUUGGAAAGUUGUCGAAGAGCUGGACGUGCCAGUUUAUCUGCAUCCCCGAUAUCCAAUCGAUGCGGAGCUACACCCAGACGGGAAAUUUGGACCCAGAAAGCAGAUUCUUGGAGCGGCUGUUCAGUUUCACUUGGACCUUAGCUUCCACAUCUACGCAUUGUGCUCGAGCGGCAUCUUUGAUCAGUUCCCCCGAGUGCAAGUGGUGAUUGGGCACAUGGGAGAAGGUAUUCCUUUCAACCUCUGGCGAGCUGACCAUUGGUAUAAUAAGCCCGUCAAGAAGGCCACGAGGCCAUCGAAGCAUGAUUACAGCUACUAUCUGAAACACAACGUCUCCAUCACCACCUCGGGUAACUUUUCCACCGACGUGAUGAAGUUCUGUGUUGAGCAGCUAGGAGUUAACAGAUGCAUGUUUUCAAUCGAUUACCCAUAUGACACAAUCGAAGAAGCCCAAGACUGGUGGAAGGGUGCAGAACUCCCCGAGGACCAAAAGCAGGCUGUGGGCAGGUCCAAUGCAAUCAAGCUGUUUAAGCUCCCACUUGAACCAUAG